AUGAGUGAACCAUUCACCCUAAGACACCAUUCCCAGCGCCGCAGCUGCCUGCUCUGUCGCUCACGGAAGGUCAAAUGUGACCGACAGCAACCAUGUGGGGGCUGCAUUCGGGCUGCCUCCACCUGCAUUUAUCCCAGUGGGACGGGGCGCGCCCCAAAGCGGCCGCAGCAAUCCACGAACAACUCGGCGGUGCUGACAAGACUUGACCGGCUGGAAAGCAUCAUUAGACAGCUGGAAAGCCAACAAACCCAGCAACAAGAGCCCUUGGACCCGUCCACUGCUGCUCUGCCACCCCAAGGGGACCAGCGAAAUGGUCGUCUUGCUAUUGACAGCACCUCCAGUGUCUAUGUGAGCAACGUGCUAUGGGCUAGUCUGGGCGAUGAGAUUGAAGAACUGCGGGAUUUGCUACAUGUAUCGCCCUCGAAUAAUGAUGACGACGAGGAUGCGGGUUGGCAGGAAGAAACGUUUGAAAAGGAGGAACCAGUCGGUACAGUCGGGUUGAAUGCCGCCAUCAUGGGCUUCAGGUCGCUCGCUCACUCACUGCGAGACUACCAUCCGUCCAUCUCUCAAUCGGUCGCUCUGUUUGAGAUUUUUCACACCAAUGUCGCUCCCCUGGUGAAGAUCUUCCACAUGCCGACCCUCACGAAGCUCUUCUGGGACGCGGUCGCCUCGCUUGACGCCCUCGAUUGCAACACGGAGGCCCUCUUGUUUGCCAUUUACUAUGCUGCUAUCAUCAGUACUACUGACCAGAACCAAUGCCCUCUUGGCCUAUCUCGACACCAGGCUCUUCAUACGUAUCGCUUUGCCGUCGAGCAGGCCUUCGCCCGCGCCGAUCUGCUAAAUACCCAGAACAUGAUCUUGUUGCAGGCGGCGGCCCUGUUUCUUUGUGCCCUGCGCAACGAAGAUGACUCCCGAACAGUCUGGUCGCUCACAGCCUUGAUUGUGCAUAUUGCCCAAGCUAUGGGUCUCCAUCGCGACGGCGCAGCUUUUGGCUUACGGCCCCUCGAGACCGAACUGCGACGGCGACUGUGGUGGUUUAUCGUCGGCCUCGACCAGCGCUCGUCCGAAUAUCACGGUUACGAACCUAUUGUAUCCGAGUCGUCCUUUGAUACCCGGCUGCCGUUGAAUAUUAAUGAUUCUGAUCUGACGGCGGACCUGGUUGAGCCGCCGACCGAGCGAGACGGCGCCACAGAAAUGACGCUGAGCCUGAUUGGUUGGGAAUCCAUCCCCAUCGUGCGCAAGGUCAGCUUCAUUCCACCGCAUCGCCGUCAGGCAAGGACAACCAGCAGUGCACCAAUCACCGAGUUGUCAUUGCUCGAACGGGUGGCACUGGCCGAGCAGCUCCAGAGCCGCCUUGAGACUCGCUACCUGGCGUAUUGCAAUCCCGACGAACCCUUCCUCUUUGUCUCAGCUACCGUGGCGCGGCUGAUCAUCGCCCGCGUAUUGCUGAUGGUCCACUAUCCUCGCAAGCGGAUGGAUAGUAGUAAUGAAGAAUCAACGGCCCCGCUGCAGGCAAGUCUGCGGGAUAAGAGUUUUCUCCUCGCCCUCGAGAUCCUGGAGCUCUCCUGCUCCGCCCUAUGCAAUCCGAAUAUCGCUCACUGGGCCUGGAGAUCCGAUACUUACUCCCAGUGGCACGCAGUCGCGCUGGUCCUAUCAGAGAUCUGUACUCGGCCCCCUUGCCCGGAUUGCGACAGGGCGUGGGCAGCAGUAGAGAUUCUCUAUGACCGCUGGCGCAUGAAGGAGCACGCGCGCAAGGGCACGUUGUGGAAGCCUAUCGGGCGGUUGAUGGCCAAGGCGCGUUAUGUCCGUGAAAUGCAGUCGGUGGACAGAGGCUGCUCUACUGGGGGUUCGUCAGUGAUGGAAGCGAGCCCUAACCUCCCACAAGUUGCCCAUCACAGCAAUGUCACGACGACGCUGGAUCCGCUGGCUGAUAUCUUCUCUCUGGCACCCUUUACGGAGAUGGAUCCUAGUUUAGACGAUCUUUUUCUUGUGGGCGAUGACUUUGUCCAGGUAGAUAUGCGGACUGGCUUCUAG